AUGAAGUUUUCCUCCCUCGUCACCGUUGCCGUCAUGGCCACUGCGGCUGCCGCCUUCCCGCUGGGUCCAGCUCAGCAUGAUAUUGACAACUUGAACGGGAUUGAGGGCCUCAUGAAGCGCGAGGCUGAUCCCCAGAAGGUCAAGGUCGACAAGCGUGAGGCAGACCCUCAGAAAGUCAAAGUUGACAAGCGUGACCCGGAGCCCCAGAAAGUCAAGGUGGACAGGCGUGGCCCGGAGCCCCAGAAGGUCAAAGUUGACAGGCGGGAACCUGAGCCUCAGAAAGUCAAGGUCGACAGGCGGGAACCUGAGCCUCAGAAAGUCAAGGUCGACAAGCGCGAGGCUGAACCUCAGAAGGUUAAGGUCGACAGGCGCGAUCCGGAGCCACAGAAGGUCAAGGUCGACUGA